GAAAAGUCCACUUAAGAACACAUUCAUUCUGGUCCAUGUUUUACAUCUCGUAUAAAGCAUACGCCCUCCUAAAUACCGAGACCUCAGAAACAUCAUCAUCAUCAUCAUCCAGUCUUUCAGACUUCAAAUCCAUAGUUCUCUUUGAUAGAAAUCGUAGUCCUGAAUCUUGAUCAGAAGCUAGCCGAGCCAAGAUGGGGAUCACCAAAAUCAGUCAGAAGUUUAUUACUCAGGUAACUCCAGAAAGGAUGUUCAAGGCCUUGAUCCUUGAUGCUCACAACCUCUGUCCCAAGCUCAUGUUCUCAUCGAUUAAAAGUAUUGAAUUCCUUGAAGGUGAAGGAGAAGUUGGAACCAUCAAGCAGAUCAACUUCACUGAAGCUAGUCCUAUGAGAUAUGCUAAACACAGGAUUGAUGCUCUGGACAAGGAGAAUCUGAUGUGCAGGUACACCUUCAUUGAAAGUGAUGCAGCAGAACAUUUGCUGGACAAGCUUGAGUACAUUACCUAUGAUGUGAGGUUUGAAGGGUAUGGCAGGGGAGGGUGUAUAUGUCAUUUGACAAGUGAAUACAAAGCAAAAGAUGGUACUCAGAUCAAAGAAGAGGACAUUGAGCUUGGCAAAGACAGAGCCAUUGGGAUGUAUGAAGUCUUAGAGGCCUACCUUAUGGCUCAUCCCCGUGCAUACACUUGAAAAUAUAACUUUCAAGAAGUUGUAGAAAUUAAUUUUUGGGAAUUAUGAUGCUGUGAACAAUAUAUCUAACAUGUACUAUUGUUCAUGUUUAUGUUUUCCAGACUUAAUUUUGUUCUUUAUAUUCUGUAUUGUCCUGUGGUGAUCUAAAGGAUUGUGAUUAAUAUAUGAUUUUGGUUCUGAUCUGAUUAA